GUAUGUUAAUAAAUACAAGUAAGCCAUAUCCUAAUGAAUUUAGCAAUAUGAAGGAUCAAGUAGAAUAUAUUCAUGAUUCGACAAUAAAUAAGAUUAAGCAAAUUUUCCCUUUACAAAAACCCAAACGCGGACUUUUGAAUCCCCUUGGAUCCGUCAUUAAAUCAAUUACUGGCAAUUUAGAUCAUGAAGAUGCACUUCGUUAUGACAGUCUUAUUGAAAAUUUGUAUAAAAAACAAAGUUCUAUAUAAAAUAAAAUCACUUUCAUUACCAAAAUUAUUGAUCAUCAUAUUAAUAGCACUGAGGUACUGUAUAAUAAUUCUUUAAUUUUUAAUGAGCGUCUAAAGAGGAUCGAAAGAAUGUUAAAAGAAAUAAAUACUAAAGAAAAUAAUUCCAUUUAUUCUACUUACGUUUUAGGUAUGUAUACUACUUUUAUUAACAGUUUUCGCAUUUUAUAUGUUACUAUUAAUGAAAUAGAAACCGCUCUAGCACUAAGUAAGGUUGAUGUAUUACAUCAAUGUAUAAUUAAUUCCACAGAAUUAUUUGAAAUAUUGUCACAAGUUGAAAAAGUACAUAAUUUAUCCUGUAUCUAUGAAUAAUUUAGUUAAAAUAGAAAGAACUAUUACUGUUAAAGCUUUUAUUAAGGGAAACCAGAUCACGUUUAUAUUGGAGGUUCCGCUCAUUAGUAAUGAUACUUACGAUUUUUAUAAAUUUUUUUCUUUACCGAUGUAUGAUGAGCAAAAAAAUAAAACAUAUAUAAUUAUUCCUGAAUACCCCUUCAUUAUGGUGAAAAGUUCAAAGUACAUAUCACUAAUAUCAUCUUGCCAGCAAAUCUCGGAGAAUGAUCAGUACCUGUGCACCGAAAAGGAAAUAGUUCCCUAUGUCUCUACAACGUGUGCGGAGCAGAUGAUGGAGUACAGCAAAGACACGUCUCUUUGUAUACCAAGGGCUGUACAAAUAGAAGACUUAAAGUUGCAGAAACUUCCCUCAUCCCGAUAUAUUAUGUAUUCCAGAAAUAAGAUCGUAAUUUCUGAAAGGUGUGGAAAUGAAAUAAACAAGACGCCUGUAAUUGGUACUUAUAUUAUAAGAAUAGAAACCGGAUGUGAAAUUAUUAUUGGGAAGAUUCAUCUGCGCAGCGAGCAACACGCCUUAAGAGAAAUAAAUUAUCAGAUGAUGCCACAGCUUCAUUUUCCAAAACCAAAGAAUGAAAAUUUUGAGAACCUGCCGUUGGACAUAAAGGGAGUUAACCUGGAUGACCUGAAACACCUGUCAACGAUAAUUAAAUCGCAAAAGUUCAGUGAUAGUGAUGAAGUGCAAAUAAUAAAAGUCAAUAGUGUCAGUGUUGCAACCCUUAUAUUGUAUGUUAUAAUUUUGUGUUUUUGUGUAUCCCUAGCGUUAUAUAAAUUUAGAAAUAAGUUAUUCUUAGUUAAAAACCGAAACCCUCAGAACUCAGAAAAUUCGUCUGAUGGUUUCGAACUUAAGGGGGGAGGAGUCAUGUUGGGCUCUGGCCACCCACAAUUUAGAAUUAUAACUUAGUGUAUGUAUGUAGUAAUUAAACGUAAGCACUUUAAGGAUCCCAUAGGUAUCCAUUACCAGGGAUCGUUAGAGGAAGCUAGGAGGUCUUUGGGCAUUCGUUGAGACUUGAUAGCAU